AUGUCGGACGAAAUUGUCUGGCAGGUUAUCAACCAACAGUUUUGCUCCUACAAGCUCAAAACCACAAAGGACCAAACUUUCUGCCGCAAUGAAUACAACGUGACCGGCCUGUGCAACCGGCAGGCCUGCCCGCUCGCCAACUCGCGGUAUGCGACGGUGCGCUCCGACCCGGAAACCGGCAAUAUGUACCUGUACAUGAAGACCGUUGAACGCGCCCACAUGCCCAGCAAGUGGUGGGAGCGUGUGCGCUUGUCAUCCAACUAUGCCAAGGCUCUGGAGCAGCUCGACGAGCGCCUGAUCUACUGGCCAAAGUUCCUGGUCCACAAAUGCAAGCAGCGUCUCACCCGCCUGACACAGGUGCAAAUUCGCAUGAAGAACAUCGCCAAGGAGGAAGACCGUCUGGGUGAGAGGAUCGUACCCAAGCUGGCGCCUAAGAUCCGCCGGCGCGAGGAGACUCGUGAGAGGAAAGCCCUGUCUGCGGCCAAGGUGGAGCGCGCGAUCGAGCGUGAGCUUAUUGAGCGUCUGCGCAGUGGUGCCUACGGCGAUCAGCCGCUUAAUGUCGACGAGGGUAUCUGGAAGAAGGUGCUCCGUGGCCUGGAGCGUGCUGGCGAGGGUGAGCGUGAUGAAGAUAUGGAUGAUGGAGAGGAGAUUGAGGAUGAGGAGGAAGAGGGCGUUGGCGAGGUCGAGUACGUCAGCGACCUCGAGGAUGAGGAGGACCUGGAGGAUAUUGAGGACUGGCUGGGUGGCGACUCGGCUGACUCUAGCGACGACUACGAUGAGGAUGAUGAGAGCGAUGACAGCGACGAGGACAGCGGACCCAGCGAGGACGAGAAGAAGCCUGCGCCUGGUGCUAAGCGCAAGCAUGUUGCUCCCCAGGUCAAGCCGCGGAAGAAGGGUCCUCGCAUCGAAAUCGAGUACGAAACCGAGGGUGCUGGCAAGGAUCAUGUUAUGGCGUAA